GAGAUGAGACUUCUAGGAUGGCUGUCUGAAUCCAAGCGCCAAAAGUGUGAAGUGACUAGAUGGGAGCCAAAACAGACAACUAGGGAAUAGGAGAUAAAGUGGCCUGGAAAAUAGGAACACCUGCCCAAGUGUUGGAAUUGAGGGUAAUGGAUGAUCAAUUAUUUGAAGAAGUCCUGGAUAAGUUUGUUAACUGUCACAAGCAAACAUAUGAAGAAUUUUUGAGCACUUUUACUCAUCUUUCAAAAGAGGAUAAUGUGACCAAGAAUGGCACUGGAACUGGGUCUUCAAAAAGCAUAGCUACUUCUGUCAAAUUUACUCAUAAAAAUGAACAAAAUGACCACCAUCUUAGAAAGACAGCCAUCUUUCUUCAUACUGCAUCACAGUGUUCAGAAGAAGAACAGAUGGUGACAGAGGAAGGCCUGAAAGUCAGCAGCUCCUUUCAAGGUGAUCUGAAGUUGGCUGGAAAGGUGAAGGUGGGCAACUUCCUCAGUUUAGAAGAUAUGGACAUGGAUGAAGAUACUGAUCCCCAAAUGAGCAAGGACAGGAUGCCGCUUCCAGAAGAAGUGGAACAGGAAUUAAGCACCUAUGUUCCUUCUUACACCCCUGUGGUCCGGCCUCCCAUCAAUGAAGAGAAGCUGAAGCCUACAGUAAAAAGGACCAUGGAGCAAGUGGCAGAGAUACUUGGAGAUGAAGUUCAGCCCUUCUCACUUGAUGAAGAAUUUGAUUAUGACAAUGUGACUCCAACCCCCAAGUACACUCCUGAAGACAUAGACACCACCAAAGAACUGUUGAAGCAAGGGAGAAAGAACACCAACACCAACACACAACAGUAAAGCAGAUGAGAACCCCUAACUGACACCUAAGGCAUCUUUA